AUGAACUGCAACGAGCUCCAAGAGGGCGCGAAACCUCAGCGGUACAUCAUCAAGCGACCGAAGGCGCUGCAAUGGUUCUACAAUGGGCAGCUAUACAAGGAGAGCGACGAAGAGAGACAGGCUGGGCGAUUUGAACUGUUUCUGGAUCUGUUGUAUGUCGCGAUUGUCGCCAACUUUAGCGAUGACCUCGCCGAACACCCGAAUGGCGCGCAUCUCGCCAAGUACAUACUCAUAUUCGCGCCGGCAUGGCACAUCUGGGCGGACUUGCGCGAAAUCAUGAAUUCCUACUACACGGAUGACUUGCCGCAGCGCGUCUUCAUCCUCUGGGUCAUGGCGCUGCUGGUGCUGUACGCGAACAACGCGAGGGCAGCAGAUGUCGAUAUCGACGCCAUGCGAACAACGGCCGGUGCCUACGUCGUUGCUCGAUUUUCGACAAUGUGCGUGUUUCUCAUCAGUUCGUUUGCGAGCUAUCAGCACCGGGCGCAGGCUCGCCUCGUCUCGGGCUUCAUGUUCAUCGGCCUAUUCAUCACCAUCCCCCUCUUCUUCGAGUCCAUCAGCAUCCGUGGCAAAGCUGCCGUCGUAGCCGUCAUGAUUGUCUACCAGGAAUUCACAUGGUCUCUCUCCCUCAGCCCGUGGAUCAAGCGCCGCCUCAAGCUCAAGUACAGCACGGCCGUCGACAUUGCCCACGAGGUCGACCGCAUGGCGGCCUUCUUCAUCAUCAUCCUCGGCGAGUUCAUGUACAGCGUCAUCGUGGGCGACCCAGCGGGCAUUGGUCUCACGCAAGGCUACGCAAAGGCCGUGUGUACGCUCAUCAUCGCCUUCUGCAUCAACUGGAUCUAUGUCAGCGGUGACGGCAGUCUACAGGCCACGCAUCCAAUUCGCCGCUCUGCCUGGACGGCGUUUGGCUUCUUCCUGCUUCAUCUGCCGCUGUCGGCGUCGUUUCUCAUCGGCGGACACAUCUGCGCCAUCAGCACCAGACUACAUGAAUUUGAGGAUGGACAGCGCUGGCUGUUGGGAGGCGGACUUGGCGUCGGUUUGUUCUGUCUUUGGGUGUAUGGCCAGCUUUAUCGCACUGAGGACGAGGAUUGUCUGGUUCUGCCGAAACAGGCACGCAUAGGUAUGCGUUUGGUGGUGGCUAUUAUUUUGAUUGUGCUCCCCGAAACGCAUGAUCAUUUGACGACGACGGAGUUUAUGGUUAUUGUUAUGGCGUUAUUUGCGUUUUUGACGAUUUGGGAGACAAUUGGGGGUUUGAUGAAGGGGGCGAGUUUCUUUGAGCCAUGGACGGGACGAGAUGCGCCUGAGGAGGAACACGAUUCCAAUGAGGCAUUAACAUAA